AUGAUUUUUGCCCGUCUCAAAGAUAAAGAAACUUCUAAACUCAACAUCGGAGCAUACACCUCGGCUCUAAACUUCCUGAAAGACUACAUUGUUGAAUUUGGCCGGUCGGAUGUUAAGUUUGCCCCAUUUUUUAGAACUAAGAAAUUACUUCAACAAGUCAACACAGAGCUAGAAGAAGUUGAUUUACUCAAUGGCGACCUUAUCAUAGAUCUAAAACUCAAUUAUGUGUACCAAAAAAUAAUUCAAACAAAAAGGAAUUCUUCCGAGUUAGGCAAAAGAACUUGGUUUAUACCCAUGUGCUUCAGAAAUUUAGUUCCAGAUCUCAGGACUCCAAAGAAGCAAAGAAAGAAAUGA